UAUUCUUCAAAGCCAGAAUAGACAAAAUGGCGACCCGCAUAACGUCAGGAGGAAACAACCGCCGGCAGAUUGUUGAAGAGGCUGACUCCUUCAAUCAUGCAAACGUGGACGAAAUCUACUGGUCUAGUGGUUCGGUCAAUUCUCCGCUUGUAGUGAAUGCUCCUGAGAUCAAAAGCAGUGAUGAAGACUUCAUUGAUGCUCCUGGUAGACGGUCCUCCUUCGGAAUGUCAGUCUUCAAUCUCAUGAAUGCAAUCCUAGGCAGUGGAAUCUUGGGACUGUCUUAUGCCAUGGCCAAAAGUGGUAUUGUACUCUUCACAUGCUUGCUGGUCACAGUUGCCCUACUUGCAGACUUUUCCAUACAUCUACUUCUGAAGAUGUGUGUAGUAAAAGGCGUCAAGUCAUAUGAAGAAGUGGGUUUAUUUGCAUUCGGAAUACCUGGCAAGUUAUUGGCUGCCUGUGCUAUCCUUCUGCAAAACAUUGGUGCUAUGUCCAGUUAUUUAUUUAUUGUGAAAGAUGAGCUUCCAAGUAUUAUCGGUGCCUUCCUAGGAGCAGAGGACAAGAGUAGUGGUGAAUGGUAUCUUAAUGGCACGUAUCUCUUACUGAUGAUUGUAGUGAUUGUGAUUGUUCCAUUAUCUUGCCUACCUAAGAUCGGAUUUCUUGGCUAUACCAGCGGCCUGUCAAUACUCUGUAUGAUAUUCUUCACAGUUGUGAUUGUUAUCAAGAAGUUUUCUAUUCCAUGCCCACUUCCAUCAAGUAUCAUGUGGAGCAAUACCACAGCUAGUAACCAGACUAUCGAACAUGAUGAUGUAACAGGACCACACAUUGGACAAUACCAUCAAUUGGAUAAUGGGUCAACCAAUCAAAAUGUCUCUUCUGAAUGUCAGCCACAAUAUUUUUCCUUCACAGCAGAGACUGCAUACGCUCUACCUACGAUGGCCUUCUCUUUUGUCUGCCAUACAGCUGUCCUACCAGUGUACUGUGAGCUUGCCAAACCCAGCAAGAUACGGAUGCAGAAUGUUGCCAAUUCCUCCAUAUUUAUAUGCUUCAUGCUCUACAUUGUCUCAGCUUUAUUUGGCUAUCUCACAUUUUACGGUAAUGUGAGCAGUGAACUACUAGAUGGCUACACCAUGACUGGGUCAGUUGAUCUGGUCAUUCUCAUUGUACGAAUGGCUGUGUGUCUGGCCAUAGUGUUUACCAUCCCACUCAUACACUAUCCUGCGCGUAAGGCAUUGCUGAUGAUCGUAAGCACAUGGCUACCACUCAGGGACACUACGUUUCCAUGGGUACGGCAUUUUGUUUCCACGGCAAUCCUCAUCACUUCAGUGACCUGUGUGGCGAUUUUUGUGCCGAAUUUGAAGGCGAUUUUUGGUGUUGUAGGUGCAACGGCAUCAACCAGCCUUGUGUUUAUUCUUCCAUCGCUCUUUUAUUUGCGUCUUGGAACGGAGCCUUUCAAGUCAGUGCUGAAAUGUGCAUGUGUGGGUCUUCUGUUGAUUGGAAUAACUACACUCGUCAUUAGCCUGGCAACCAUUAUCUACACGCUGAUCCAAACAUAACGCCCCAGGGUCACACCAUGAUGAGGAUAUCUUCCAACUCAGGAUUACAGGCUAGGCUUUUGUUAAAGAGUGGGCUGACAGUACUUUUAAGUGCCUUAAAACCAACUGGUGAAUAAUCAACAUAAGCAAAUUGAUGCGUAAAUCUUGUGUUGGUUAAAUUAUUUAUUUAAACAUUUCAUUGACACACUUAAGGCCCUGGACACUACUGGUAAUUACUCAAAAUAUUU